UUUAAUAACAGUGUGUUUAUAUAUGUAUUUCGACCAGAUUGUCACAACUUUCCAAGUUUCAAGGCAUUUCGUUUAAUGAAAGUAUGCGCGCUCCCGCCAAAGCGCAGCAUCAGCACCACUAUCUCGCGCGCGCGCCCGCCUCUAGCGAUCGAGUCUAUCGCCAUCCCGGCCGAGAGAGUUAAAGUUGGCCGAAAGGACGGAUAAACGAUGCUGUACUGUCCGGUGAUGAGAAGAGGAUAACAUUUGAUUUACUCAUCUAAUAGCGACUCCAUCUUCCGAAGAGGAUGGCUAUCAAAAUUCUUGCCCCAAGCCUUUUACUCUUUCUCGCCUUUCAGCAUUGCUCAUCACGGCCAUGCUUAGAUUCGCUGAUCUCUCCUCUCUAUGCGUCCUCUUUCCAUGCUUCCUCCAGAUAUAAUUUUUUUUACUCUGCACACUUUGCCAAACUGUAUGGGAGCAGCGGUUGGUCUCCGUCCCCUCGGGACAGGCAGCCAUGGAUGCAGAUUGACUUAGGGAGGAAGUAUCGUAUCAUGGCCAUUGCUACUCAGGGUACCUUCAACUCUUAUGACUGGGUCACCAAAUACAUGCUACUGUAUGGGGACCGAUUCGACGCAUGGACUCCAUAUGUCAUGAAAGGAGGCAACAUGACGUUGCCUGGCAACUGGAAUUACUACCAGGUGAAGAGGAACGUCUUUCAUUAUGCGUUCACUGCCAAACAUCUGCGCAUCUAUCCCAUGGGCUGGAAUACUGAGAACGGAGGCAAGAUCGGCCUUCGCGUAGAGUUCUACGGCUGUCCUUACGACUCGUAUGUGAUGCAGUUUGAGGGGGAUGAUAUGGUGGCGUAUUCAUUCCCACGGGGCAGGAUGAGGACACUUCAGGAUCACUAUGCUUUAAACUUUAAGACCUUGGAGAAGGAUGGUGUUCUCCUGCACAGUGAGGGUCUGCAGGGAGACUCCAUCACUCUAGAACUGAAGACUGGACGCCUCUACUUACAUAUCAGCCUGGGGAGCAGCACAGUCCAUAACACCAAUGGAAUGACCACAAUGAUGCUGGGAAACCUGCUGGACACUCAGCACUGGCACUAUGUCACAAUCAAGCGCUAUGGACGAGAGGUUAACUUCACCCUGGAUGGCGAGACUGAGACUGCUAUCCUCAAUGGAGAGUUCCAGUACCUUGAUCUGGACAAACAGAUUUAUGUUGGCGGCGUGAUUGAGAAAGACGUGCCCCAUCUGCCCGGUAAGGUUAACUUCCGUGGCUGCAUGGAGAAUGUCUUCAUAAAUGGAAUCAAUGUCAUCUACAAGACACAGUACCAGGAGCCUGAAGUUCGACUAGCUCCUAAAAAGAAAAAGAUGCAUUAUACUUGCCGUGAUCUCCUCUGGAAGCCUAUGACCUUUGCAGGGCCCAACAAUUACCUGCAACUGCCCGGCUUCUUCCGGAAGAACCGUCUGGCGGUGAAGUUUAAGUUUCGCUCAUGGGACUACACAGGGUUACUGAUGUUCACCAGGUUUGCAGAUGAGUUGGGCUCUCUGGAGCUGGGCCUCAGCGAAGGACAAGUCAAUGUCACUCUUAUGCAGCCUGGAAACAAAAGAUUACGAUUUGCUGCAGGGUACCGUCUCAAUGACGGCUUCUGGCACACGGUAGACCUGACUGCCAAAGACAACUUAUUAACUAUCACCAUAGAUGAAGAUGAAAGCUCACCACUGAAAAUCACCAACCCCUUCACGGUUCGUACAGGAGACCGAUACUUCUUCGGGGGUUGUCCUAAGACCAAUAACACGGCCCGCUGUGUGACCAAGCUGUCUCGCUUCCAUGGCUGCAUGCAGCAAAUCUUUAUAGAUGAUGAGCCGGUGGAUAUAGAUGUCAUGCUGCAGAGGAAAUGGGGCAGAUACGCCGAAAUCCUGCUGGGCACCUGCGGAAUCACUGAUAGGUGCUCUCCAAACCCUUGUGAACAUGAAGGCAGGUGUAUUCAGUCCUGGAAUGACUUCCUGUGUGUGUGUAACAACACAGGCUACAAGGGGGAAGUUUGUCAUAACUCGGUCUACAGGGAGUCAUGUGAGGCCUACAGACUGAAUGGGAAGUACUGGUCAGGCAACUACACCAUAGAUCCAGAUCUGAGCGGACCACUGAAGCCUUUUACAGUCUACUGCAAUAUGUUGCAAAAAUCAUGGACCGUCAUCGAGCACAACCGCAUGAAAAGCACCAAAGUGAGCGGCUCCACCUUGGAUCAACCGUAUAUUGGGGACCUCCAGUAUGUAAAUGCAUCGUGGGAUGAAGUCACUGCCCUAGCAAACACCUCCUUAUACUGCGAACAAUGGAUUGAGUUCUCGUGCUACAAGUCUCGCCUCCUCAAUACUCCACAUGGACGGCCUUACACUUACUGGAUUGGUCGGUAUAAUGAGAGUCAUGAAUACUGGGGAGGAGCUUUCCCUGAAAGUGGAAAAUGUGGAUGUGCUGUCAAUCAAACUUGCACUGACUCCAAGUACUGGUGCAACUGUGACGCAGACUACCGCCAGUGGCACUCAGAUAAGGGCUACCUGUCGUUCCGAGACCACCUUCCUGUCAGGAGGAUUGUCAUAGGAGACACUAACCGCACCGGUUCAGAAGCGCGCUACAGUGUUGGGGCACUAUACUGCCAUGGAGACAGGAGUAUCUGGAACACCAUAGCUUUUACCAAGCCCACCUAUCUGACGUUCCCCACCUUUAAGCCCGGCACCAGUGCUGACAUCACAUUCCACUUCAGGACCUACCGAACUAAUGGAGUGUUUGUGGAAGCCUCAGAUGACCACCUGCGUAAUUUCUUACGAGUUGAACUCAAUUCUACAACUGAGGUGGUAUUCAUUUUCAUGGUGGGUGACGGGAUUAGAAACGUGACCCUGCGCUCUCCUAAACCUCUCAAUGAUAAUGAAUGGCAUUAUGUAGAAGCUGAAAUCAAUGUGAAAUUGGCACGUCUCAAGGUUGAUUUCCAGCCUCCGGCCAUUCAUAAGUUUCCGGGCCAAACAUACAUCACUAUGAAGUUCACACAACCCCUGCUUGUAGGAGCAGCCAAUCACACCUUAAGGCCUUUCCUGGGAUGUCUCCGUGGGCUAAGGAUGAACGGGGUCCCUAUGGAUUUGGAGGGUAAGGUUGACGAGAGGGCUGGCAUACGUAGGAACUGUACCGGAGCGUGUCUGAAUGCUUCCAUACCGUGUGGAAAUGGAGGCCAGUGCAUUGAUGGCUACGCUUCAUACGCCUGUGACUGCAAUAACACAGCCUUCGAUGGCUAUUACUGUCAUUUGGAUAUCGGGGCAUUCUUUGAUGUGGGAGCAUGGUUGCGGUAUGACAUCCGCAAAGAGCCGAUUUCCUUUGAUGCGUGGUGGGCGAACUUCUGGAUAGAGCCUCACUGGCACAACUUCACCCUCGGCUACAACACGACAACUGAUGACAUAGAGUUCAGCUUCAGCACUCUACAGGCUCCAGCUGUGCUGCUUUAUAUCAGUUCCUUCAGCAAUGAUUACAUUGCCGUCCUGCUCAAGAAAGAUGGGACUCUUUCGCUGAGAUACCGGCUCGGGAUAAUAAGCUACAAAUUCAAGUUGACUGACAGAAACAUGGCGGAUGGCUUCCCUCAUUUCGUCAACAUCACCCGACACAACUACACCAUAUGGACACAGGUGGAUUACAUGGAUCCAUGGAUUGAGAAGUUAAUACCAGGAGAGAUUCCCAGAUUUGACUCACCGAAGUCUAUAUUCUUGGGUAGAGUCAUGGAGGUGGGAGGUGUCGACUACGAAAUUCAGAGGCACAACAGUCCAGGUUUUAUGGGCUGCAUAUCAGGGGUCCGAUAUAAUAUUUUUGCCCCGCUCAAGGCCUACUUCCGACCCAAUGUAACCAAUCCACCGGUGACGACUCAAGGCUAUGUGGUGGAGUCUAACUGUGGGGCGUUUCCCCCUGUUUUAGGAUAUGUCCCUUGGGAGGAUGACCCAUGGUUCACUGGCCUGUUCUUUUAUUACAUUCAUGAUGAUGUUACCCCACCUUGGAUGACACUAAUCGUGACAGUGUCUCUGAUGCUGCUCUUCCUGAUCCUGUACGGCCUCUACAUUUACCUGUACAGGUAUAAAGGCAGUUACCACACUAAUGAACCGAAGCAGCUGGAGUCCCCCAGCUCCUCUCGGCCGCUCACUGAUACUCUGCGCAAGGAUAGAAAGAACCUGCCGGAAAUACAGGAGGAAAGUCCCAAUGAAUAACACAGACUGAGGGUCGUCUGGAGGAAAAGAGGUGAUUAUGAGGGAGGUAAAAUGGUGAAGACUGAGAAAUGAGAUGUAAAUUUGAUUUGUUUUUAUGUAUCUUUUGCCUUUAUGGUAAUGUAACUAUAUUUAUUUUUCUGUCCCAUUAUUUUUACAGUGUAAUCUGAUAUUUGGUGCUUUUGGCAGGGUUCAAAAUAAGCAGGCUAGAGGCAAUUUACCAUCCGAUCAAUGAGCACUAGCAGUGCAGGCCGACUGAAGUGCCUCAGCAACAUUAUAAGAAACUUUAAAAGAUCAAUGCAGGGUUCCCGCUGUGUCUACAUUCACACUGCAGGCAAAUGUUGCCUAAAUCUGAUCUUUUUUGCUCACACGCGACUCAGAUCUGUUUUUCUCAUGAAAGUGUGAACAGCACAAACCACAUGGAAUCUGAUCUUUUCAAUUUUAAUUUGUGCCAUAUGUGGUACUAAAUCCGAAACAGGUCAGAUGUUUUGCAAUGCGACCGCAGUCUGAACAGUCAAAUCGGGAUUUACGUCACUCUAGAUCAACAUUUGUCACGAUUCUGCACUCAUGGGAGUCACUUUAAAGAAUUUAUAUUCCCAAAGUUAUCAAGACAGUUGUGAAAGGUAGUCAGUAGAAGUACAGUGAUGUGUCAAAACUCAUUUGACAACAGUGACAACACUAUAUACAAGCAAACUGAAGGCUCUUAUCAUAAAAUUUUCAAAACUCUCAUUCACACGAUAAAUAAACACAUAAUUGCUGAAAGUGUUGCCAAGUCCACAGUAUUCCUGCGGAAUUGGGCUACUUUUUCACUGUUGCCAUUGGUUGUUUUUCAGCUCUGUGGGUUGAAGCGAUCCCCGGAACAAGAUUGGGCUAGUUGUGGACUAGUUUUGAGAAGCAAUUGGGCAGAUUGUUUUGUGAAAACCUGGCAACCCUGUUCAUAUUGUUAUUUUGUGCAUACGGGUCAGUUUGGAACCAUGAUUUGUUCACACUGUAAAUCUGAUAUUGGCCACAUUUAAAACAAAAAUGUGAACGGAUAUACAAAAAUAUCAGAUGUGAGCAAAAAUUGAGCACAGAAUUUAGCACUAAGGCUCGCAGUGUGAACGUAGAGAUCUGGAAAUAUCUGUGGUUUGCAGGCUUAGAGUAACAGUAAUGGAAACGAUUACAAUCAUGGAAAAGUCAUGGAAAUUUGUGUUAUAAACAUACAUUUAGAAAGUUAUGGCCAUCUCAAUGAUAUUUUAUUGGAUAUAAAUGACUUAAAGUCAUGAAAAUGAAUAAAACCUUAAAGUCAUGGAAAUUUCUGUAGUCUGUAAAUAUAAAUCUUUCUAGUUAUGCCCAUCUCAAAAAUAUCUUAUUGGUUGCAAAUUCACUUUUUGUGAGUGUGAUAAAAUUAAUUUUAAAAUCUUUAUUUUUAAAAUCACAACUGGCUAGAAAACAGGGAAUUUAAAAAAAAUCUUCAAAAGAAGAAAUUUCUGUAGUCAGUAUAAAUCAGUAAAAUAAAUAAUAUACUGUAAUAAAAUAAAAAUUACUGGACAAACUGAAAAUUUAUUGGUCUAUAGGUGUGGGAACCCUGUAUAUGCUAAAUGAAAGUUUUGGCUCAUUAUUGUGUACUGGCAGAAGUAGUGUAGAUUUAAAUAUGUUUGAUCGCUAUGUUAUUGUGCUCAUGCACAAAAUGCACAACAACAAUCUUCAGAGUACAGUGUUUUGAAAACAUAGAUAUGUUUGCACAUAUCUGUUGUAACAUCACAGAAACUUCAUUAACGUAUGGAGGAAUUUGCUCAGACAUAGCUAAUGGUAUAUAAGUAUAAAUAUAUGUUAUACUACUGACUAAAAUUGGUUGCAGCGCUUAUAAGAAAUGAAACGUCAAAUGGCAUUGAAUGGCUUCAGCUUCAUUAGAGCACAAUGACAUUAAUGUGCUGAACAAUAACUUGUCUGGGGAAAAAUUAUUUCAGUGGCUUAUCAAAAACUGCAUAAAGGUGUUAUUGUGAUAGUAGCCAUAUUACAUAAUGCUUGUGAGCAGCAUUAUGAGGUAUAAGAUUCAUUAAGAUUAGGCCUCAUGAAACAAGCAAGAGGUGUUUUACAUAAAUUAGCUCCAUGAAAGAUGUUUUUUGAGUCCAAUGAGCACUGUAAUGAACAGGGUGUGUUGUACUGUACGUCUCAGGGUUGGUAACAGUGGUCAUGAUGGCAUAAGAGCUACAUGUUUUUACUCACUGCUGCUACAGCAACACACACCAGCCUUUUCAAGCUGUUCUCUACACAUUUUGACAUUGAAAAAAGUUUCUGUUUGUAUUUUACAAACCAAAUGGUACAUGAAUGCAGGCAGGUUAAAACUGUGUUGUGUCUGAUUAUAAUGAUGCCACAGAUCAGUGAUUGGAGUUGAAGCUGUUUUCCUCCUUGUGUCUGUCUCUGUCUUUUCAAGAGAGUUCUUCUUGUGGGCCAAAGCAAAUGAUAGAUUCUUAUAGUAGACUACAAUGAUGUCAUAUUUCUGUUCAGUCCACAUCAUAUUCAUGUCAUGUGAUUGAUGAAAAAGCAUUUUAGACCAGUGUUUCCCAACCAGAAAUAUUUUUGAUUCAAUGUCAAAUGUAUAAAACAGAAUAUAUAUAUAUAUAUAUAGGAAUUAAUAUUAUUUUAUUUUUCCUGUUAAUUAAGGGGGAAAAGAAUUUUGUAAUAUGUGUAAGUUUUAUAUUUUUGUCUGUUUUUCAUCCAUAACUUUUUUUUCUUUAAAAAAUGACGUCAUAUAACUGAUAAUGGGGUACUUUUGCCUUUUGAUCGGCCUAUUGGCUACAUAAGACAAAACUGUUUGGGGAACUCUGUUUUAGACAGUCUGCACUUUUUAGUGUGGAUCUUCUGUGAGCUGAAUGUGUUCACUCAUAGUUGUGGAGACUAUAAUCUAUAUCAGAAAAAGGUAAACAAACUGUGUUAGAUUUGGAUCAACAAUAACUGUGUGACAGAAAUGCUACAAAUGCAUUUUUAGAAUGUAGAGGAACAGAAAACGUAACAUGUUAUGGUGGUCUGUUACAGAUUUAAUAUCAUAAAUUACAAUUGGUUUGUUAAAGCUUGUUCAAGAUGAGAUUUCGGAGAAUAAUAAUCAUGAAGCAGCUGAUAUUUUUAACAUGAGGACACAUAUGAACGCUUUCUUAGCAUGAAACACUGAGCAGUUCAGCACAAGUCUGAUUAUUGUGGUCAAGAGGCUUUCACACAUCACAGACUGUCUGUGGAUGAAAGACUCACAUGUAUAAAGUCAUGGUUUUUAUAAAUUCAUCCAUGCGUUUGUUGUAGGACACCAUUAUUGCUGCUGCUGCUUUUUAGCUGUUUUGAUGGUGGUCUUAUCAAGAGCUUAGAGCACUUCCAUCAUCUUUCCAGAGCUAUUAAAAAAAGAGCAAAUAAGGUAGAACACAUGUAUUAUAUCUAGAAGCUAUGCAUUUUGCAUGACUACUGCACUUUUCAUCGAAAUGCAAUAAGAAAAAGACGAAUCCGCUGCUUCCAGUGCCAGGCACAUCUUCUUUAGUCUGUUUCUUUAACAGAGCCAUAAGAGCUUUUAUCAAAGAGAUCACAUGAUAUUCACCCACAGAUUAUGCUGUUUAUGUAUAUGUAUAAAUAAAGUGUACUUCUCUUUUUAUCAUUCUAAUUUGUAUAAAAAGCAGGCAAGUUAGAGUAUUUUGAAUAGAUGACAGCCGAAUAAGUCCAGAUUUAACCUCAUGAUCUCUGUCAGGUUUUGUCUUCUGUUAUUGUUUUUUAACAUAUCCCUCAUUCUUAGUCCUUCCCUUAUAUUUUCCUCUAAACCAGUGGAAUAUAGUGGAAUAUAUAUUUCAAUUUGUUUUUAUUCUGAAAAGCAUCUUGAAUGAAGAAUGAAAUGCUGUUGUAUAGGAAUAAUAAAUUUAACAGGGACAAACACCUCUUAAAAGUCUCUUCAUACUUGACAUUUUCUUUAAAAAGUAUGCAGUCAGUAUAAAUGAUUGGUCACCAACACCAGAGUCUGGUCUAGUCUAAAUGCAACCCAGAGUCUGAUCCAGAUGAAUGUUAAUGUGAGAUGAGAAGCGAGCGGAUAGUGUAAAUGACAGUGAUGAGGGCUGGUAUUCAGCACUAGCUUGUGUGAUGUAUGUUUGUAUAAAUAAGGUAUUUUGUGUUGUCUAUGUCAGUACUGGAGCUAAUAGGAGUGUUACCUCAUUGACAUACAUUUGACUGAAUGUUUGAACAAAACAUCACUUAUAGACACAUGAAGAAAUGUACCCUUGUCAUCCAAAAUGUUCAUGUCGUUCUUUCUUCAGUUGUCAAGAAAUUAUGUUUUUUGAGGAAAACAUUUCAGGAUUUUUCUCCAUAUAAUGGACUGAUAUGGUGCCCUGAUUUUGAACGUACAAAAUGCAGUUUAAAUGUGGCUUCAAACGAUCCCAAAUGCAGUUGUAAACGAUCCCAGCCGAGACAAAAGGGUCCUGUCAAGGGUAACGAUUGGUUAUUUUAAAAAAAAAAUAGUACAAUUUAUAUACUUUUUAAUGUCAGAUGCUCAUCUUGUCUCCCUCUGCCUAAACUGUUUUUGUUCCGGUUCAUGACAGUUAGGGUAUGUCGUAAAACUCCCAUUUCAUGGUCUCCCUCAACUUCAAAAUUGUCCUAUAUCGCUGUUUUACCUUUUUUGUUAAGGGUGUUUGAUCUUCUUUGCAUGUUCACUUUGCAAAGACUCGGUUGGUACUUCUGCAGCGAUGUAGGAUGAUUUUAAAAUGAUUUUUGAAGUUGAGGGAGAAAAUACGAUUGGAGUUUUUCCACAUACCCUAACUGUCUUGAACCAGAACACACAGAGUUCAGGGAGAGCAAGAAAAGACAAGCUUUUGACAUUAAAAAGUAUUUAAAUAGUUUUUUUUUUUUUAUGAAAACAAUGAUCGUUUUGCUAGAUAAGACCCUCCUUCUUCAACUGGGAUCAUUUACAACCGCAUUUAAACUGCAUUUUGGAAGUUCAAAAUUGGGGCACCAUAUCAGUCCAUUAUAUGGAGAAAAAUCCUGAAAUGUUUUCCUCAAAAAACACAAUUUCUUUUACGACUGAAGAAAGAAAGCCAUGAACAUCUUGGAUGACAAGGGGGUGAGUACAUUAUAUGUGAAUCUUUUUUUGGAAGUGGACUUUCAAUUUGUGACCUUCACCUGUUUUAUAGGGAGUUUUUUUUUUUAAAAAAAACAUGUAAUGCAUUUUUCAUGUUGAUGUAAAAACACUAAUUCACUGUGAAGUAUUUUCUUCAUCAUCUUUUCUAAAUGCAGUACAUAUUUACAAAUCCUGUCUGAACAAAUCUGAAAUCUUGCAGGCCACUGAUCUUGUAGAUAAACUUUCAAAAUUCCACUCUGACUGUCAUGCUGGUGACAUAGUAGCUGUAUCCAUUGUGCAAAUAGCCAGCUUUGUUAGCAGUGGCUAUUUCAUAAACAUAACCAAUUGUUUUUUCAGGCAAUUUAUCCAUAGUGUAAAUAACAUUGUUUUUAAAUUAUUUUUGCACUUUUUGAGUAGCAACUAUCACUAUUUGCACUGUAAACAAGAUGCUAUUUGUACUUGGUACAAACGUACCAUUUAAGAAGAAUACCCUUUAAAGGUUUGGGGGUCAAGAAGUUUUUUUUGUUUUUUCAAGGAUGCAUUCAGUUGAUCAAAAGUGACAGUAAAGGAAACAUAUAUCAGGUUUGGAAAUUAACGAGGUCUUAUGGCAAAAAUGCCACCAAAAUGAAUGAAAAUGACCCAUAAAUUCAAGACAAAGGGGCAAAAUGUGCCCCUGCACUAUUAAACAAUGUAUUAUGGCUGUCACGAUUAAAAUGAAAUGUGAAAAUGAUUAGAAAGUGUCAAUUCACAUAAUUACAUUUAGAUUCAAUCACCCUGCAUUAGAUUGUUUUUACAUCCUGUUUUGUAAAGCGUUGAGCCUUAUAACCAAUCAAACACAUUUCUGAUGAACUUAGGAAGGCAUUGGCCAAUCAGAGGCUGAAAAUACUGGAGAUCAUUCCCUCAUCAUAAACAACACAGUGCAGAUACAUAAAUAGCUUAAAGAAUAAUAUCAUAGAUACAGUGAUUAUAAUGGACGUUUUUGCACAGUGUGCACUAGAUUAGACUAACGUCAUGGACUGACAUGUUUGUCUGUUAAAACGAGCAAUAAUGAUUUUUGUUAUAAUAUUGAAGCCCUAUGAGCUCCUGUUUUUUACAUGUAUAAUUUAGAUCAAUUUUAAACAGUGUAUUGGUACUGACAACAGUUCAAAAUAUUGAUUAAAGUAAUUCAAGUAUUUGACAUUAAAGACAACAUAGUAUGGUGAUUAUAAUAAGGUGAUUAUAAAAAUUUCCAUUACAAAUGAUUAUAAAUGUUUACUUCACUAUAUGUGACCCUGGACCACAAAACCAGUCAUAAAGGUCAAUUCUUCAAAAUUGAGAUGUAUACAUCAUCUGAAAGCUGAAUAAAUAAGCUUUCCAUUGAUGUAUGGUUUGUUAGGAUAUUUGACCGAGAUACAACUAUUUGAAUAUAUGGAAUCUGAGGGUGCAAAAGAACAAAAUAUUGAGAAAAUCACCUUUAAAGUUGUCCAAAUGAAGUUCUUAACAAUGCAUAUUACUAAUCAAAAAUUAAGUUUUGAUAUAUUUACAGUAGGAAUUGUACAAAAUAUCUUAAUGAAACAUGAUCUUUACUUAAUAUCCUAAUGAUUUUUGGCAUAAAAGUAAAAUUGAUCAUUUUGACCCAUACAAUGUAUUUUUGGCUAUUGCUACAAAUAUACCCCAGCGACUUAAGACUGGUUUUGUGGUCCAGGGUCACAUAUUACAAAUAAAUCCUAAUCUAAUCACGACAAACUAUAUAUUAUUAGAAAGAUCUAAGACUCAAAAAUAAAUAUUUUACCACUGUCAUUUGUUACAAAAUAUGCAGGAACAGUAAUUUAUGACAAGAGCGCAACUAAAAAAUCUGCAUCAUAACAGGAGUUCUGACCUUUGUCACAAAAAGUCAUUUUUCAUUGCCCCUUUAUUAUAUUAUAUUAUAUUAUAUUAUUAUAUAUCAACUGAAAGCUUAAAACCUUAAAAUUCAACUUGCCAUUUUAAAAUCAGACAUUGCAUGGAAAUGGCUUAAAAAGUUACGUUUGGAUGCACUUUCAUGUCUAUGUUCAAACCUGGGGGUGACAGUUAAAGGGUUAAGGUGCUAAUAUACAUUAUUUAGGGGUAAAUAAGGUACAAUGAUGUACCUUUUACCUUUUACCUUUUGCCCCAGUGACAGCUUUGUAUCUUUUUUUCUGAAAGUAUAACAAUAUUUCACAAUAUUUACAGUAUUUACUGACAUUUUGUUCAAGUAAAUGCAGCCUUGGUGAGCAUGAGACUUCUUUCCUUCCAAAAGAUAAAAAAAAAAAUCAUACACCCCAAACUUUUGAACGGUAGAGUAAACAGCAUCUGCUGAGGGUAAAUGAACACUUCUUACACUGUUUUUUGUUUUUCCAAAGUCAUGCUAAGUAAGACUCUAUAGCUAACAAUAAAAUUGCAAAUUCAGUCUUGUGUUGAGGUGAUCGCAAUGAUCUUUCAUCACCACUGUGCUCUUGAGGUUGAUUCAGGGGAACUGUAGUUCCUGUGAAUGUGAAGCAUUUGCCAAAAUAAUUCCCAUGAAAAUGCCCAAGGUUAAACAUAAAAUAAUUUCAUGGAAUCGGACAAAACCUUAUAAUGUUAUCCUCUUACAAGCAAGUAAUUCAGCUUUGUGGUCAGGUGUGACAAGGUGUUUUUUGAGUUUUCCUAAUUCUUUAGUUCUGGUUUUUGUUUGUGUCAUCCUCAUUGUAAAUGACCAUGACUGUGUAGAAUCAACACAAUUCCCAAAUGACACUUUAAUAAAAGAAGCCUGAAGGAAAAACAA